AGCAUGUGUAACCUGAAGUACCACUGUAAACACUAGUAUGCACAACCACCUUAAUGAACAAGCUGAACUGGAAAUUGCGUGAGAUAGUUUUGCCUUUUCCAUAUACGAAGCAGCAAGGAAAGAUGAAGUGCAUGUUGGCCUUCAGAGAGGAAUCAGCAGAGGUGUCUGAUGUCAGCACUGCCCACAUAGAAAGUUAAUUUUAGAGCAGCCUAACAAGUGGCUACAAGUUUUCUUGACUUCAGCCACAGAGGAAAGUGUCCCCCGUCUGAAAGAUGUGAAGGGAGAGAGGAAAGGGGGCAGAUGCUGUCACUGCUGAGGUCAUGGCACAUGCACUUGGUUGCCUGUUGAAAAGGAGGAGCCAGCCGCAGGCCCCUGACUUCAGAAGCAAAGAGGAAGUUUCUUCGGUAGCAACUUGGGGGCUGCCGUUGAAGCAGACACCGUCCCAACAUGUCCCUCGUCUCGGCACUCUUUGAGCUGGCUUUGCUGCUGCAGCUGCUACAAGGGUCUUUUCAAGAAGCUCCCAUUGAAAACGUAACUGUAGUGGAGGGGGGAAAUCUGGAUCUACGCUGCGCUGUUGCUGGGGACAUCGGAUCUGCCGUGGAGUGGAAGAACCCACGUGGGUUUGUGAUUUUCUUCAGGAACACCCAGCGAGGCAUAAGAGAUCCAAGGUAUACACUUGUCCAUCAUUCAGCAGCUGACUUCUCUGUCCGUCUCUCCAACGUCACGGUGCGUGAUGAAGGAGUCUAUACAUGCCUCCACUACAUGGUGCCAACUGGAAGGAAGCAGGUGAACGUCAAUGUCUUAGCUGCUCCUUCCAGACCUCUGCUGGAAGCAACAAGGGUCAGAGUUCACGAUCAAGAGGAAAAGAUGGUGUUAAGGUGCUCCACCUGGGGUGCUAAACCCUCUCCUCAAAUUACGUGGCUGCUGGACAAUGGGAUGGAACUCUUUGGUGAUACUAAACACCAGCCGGAAGAGAAGAAAUGGAAUUCAACUAGCACCCUCACAGUCCACACCUACACCCAGAAGUCUGGCGUUACUUGUGUUAUUCGUCACAGAGCUCUCCGAGGAGGAAAUUUAACAGCAAAUUUACACCUUGGGCACAAUGAGCCUACCACAGACUUCACCCCAACAACACUUGCAGUUAGUACGAUAACUCCAGAAAACCUUCCCCAUUAUAAAGGGCCAGGCGAAGCAUUAAAUAUUACAGAAGGAAGCCUUGGAACACAAACACCACACACAAGUGCUGCAGCAGCAACUCUGAAUUCUAAUGCUACCAACGGCUCAGAAAAAAUAUUAAAUGCGACAGAAGAAAACCUUAGUAUACCAACUCUGUCUCCAACUGGAGGAGCAACAAUCCUGAAUUCUUAUGCCACUAAAGCGGGAUCAGAUAAAAUAUCCAAUGUGACAGAAGGAAAUUCUAGUACACAAACACCGUAUCCAGGUUCUGACACAGCAACUCUGAAUUCUCAGAGCACAAUUGGAACAAAUCUUACACAUGAAGGAAUCGUGAAACGAGCGAGCCUUUUGCUUCCCAUCCUUGUGACGGUGUUACUUUCUGCUCUCUUCAUCAUUGUCCUGCUUUUUGUGGUGAAACUGUGGAAGGCACACAGAGAAUGGAAGAAAGAAACUGAAGUUUCGGAUCAGACGCUUGAAAGUAACAAACCUCGGCCAAAUGAAGACAACCAUGGGCAGGAGAAGAAUAGAAAUGUUAUCCCUUGGAAGAUCAGUAAGAAAUAUGUAAUUGGAGGAUCGUGCACGAGGACAAUGAAGAAUUCAGAGGGGAGUCAAGAUUCAUCAGUCUUUGAAAAACAUUUGCCUUCCGUUAAGGAAACUGACCUGUGAGCAUCACUCCCUACUGAUAAUAUUGGACUAUGUACAAUGGCGCAGGACGGCAUUCACUUUAUUUAGCCUAUGGCUAAAUAGUCACCUUUCUGUGAAAAACACUUCAGAACCAACAUUUUCAACAGGAUUUCAAACCAGCGGGAACAACUGGUUCAUAAACGUGGGGUUCAAGCUGGGCUAAUUGUGUUGUAAAUAAAAAGACAAGCAUACUGCAAAAGCUGUUGAGAAUCUGCAACUUGUAUAUGUUAUGAUUGAGCUAGCAUCUUAAUAAAUACAAUACUUAGCACUUUGGAGCAUAAAAGCAGUUCACACAUUUUCCCAGUAAACUCUCCCAACAAUGCAGUACAGGUCAGAAUAAUUAUCCCCAUAUUGCAGAUGGGAAGACUGAAACUACCCAGAGGACUGACCUGAAGUGACUUAUCUGGUGUCUGACUGUGGUUUGAACUUGUUGGAAGCCCUGGGUGACC